GCACGAUUUUCGCUUCCCAAAUUCAGAACUGAGCAUUUCCUGGGAAAGCUCGCGACAGAGAGACUUCGCUUAAGCCAUGGCAGACAACAAGUUCCUCAUGAUUGUGCUUAUAUGCGUGUUCAGUUUUGCGGUGUGUUUGCUGAAUGGAGAAGAAGUACGUCCAGGAGAAGUGCGUCCUAUCAAUAGGGCUAGGCGCUUUGUUCCAAUCAAGUAUGACAUCUACAGCCUGGACUACUUUAUCGAGCUGGUGGAGAAGAUCGAAAGAGACACCAGUACAAGUGGAAAUACUAUAAACAAGAUUGCUAACUAUGUUCGUCUGCUCGGUUACAACACUGAUCUGUGGAACAUAGUGUGUGGCAAAGCAGAUCCACUACCAGACGUAAAUUUGAACUCAGAAGAGAGACGCAUCCUGACCAACAUGGUGAGAUACAGGUACGAAGACCAAUCCAAGCAAGAGCUGGGUGUGGUGUUGACACCUGACGGAGAGACCAUUGCCAUGGGUCGAGUCUUACUGGGCAUUUGUGCAGGGCUGAAUCGUGAUAACAGCCUCUCACUAAGUGCAUGGGCCCCAGGAGCUCUACUGCGUGUUGAUAAUUUGUUUACAGCAACAAUUGCAUACAACCUUGGAAGAAGUGCGCUGUACAAAGCAAAUGGUGACACUUCGGAUUUGUUUGGUCCGUCUGGAUCAUGGAACCCAGAUACUAACUGCCCUGCUUCAUACCGGCUAACUAAGACGGCUUCUAAGGCCACUGACGCUGAAUUACUGGGAGAUGUCGAUGGGUUCCUUUUAGGGUACGGCAUCCCCCAAUGGAAGGAGAAGGGUGUUAGGCUUGGUCAGUUGCUGAGGAUGUACUACGGAUCAGGCGUCCUUUACGACACUUCGUACGUCAGGUGCCGGAGAAGCUCGAAGUUUUCAAGCGUAGUCAAUAAAGAUAAACUUCUGGGCGAGAUAAACAGAUUUGCUUCCGCCUACUAUGAUAAAAACACAGCUCAGCUUACAGGUGUAAAACAAGGCGAGAUCCUCUCUCUGUCCAGGGACAUAAAUGACAAAUUCUUCCCUUACCUUGAUAUAAUCACAAGAAAAUCCAUGUGCAGUGUUGACGAAAACAGCAAAGAUUGCGAAAUCCCAGCUAACAUUGUAUUUGUCAUGGACGAGUCAGGAAGUGUUGGACGAGACAACCAUGAGAAGGACAAGCAAUUCAUGCGGGAGAUCAUUAAAACAUUUGACAUUUCUCCACUUCAAACUCGCGUGGCUAUUGUUGAGUUUGCCUCUAGUGCCAGUGUGGCAGUCGCUUUUGACAACUAUGGCUCCAAAACACGAUUGAUUUGCGCAGUAGAUGACAUCAUAUAUUCUUCGGGCUCUACGUACACUGCAAAGGCUCUAGAGACUGUCCACUACAAUGUGUUACGACCCGCUUUGGCAAAUCCAGUGACCGACACAGAAACAGUACAGAUCGUCAUUGUACUCACAGACGGCAGAUCUUCAGAUUCUUAUUACUUGAAGAGGGUGGUGGAGGAUUUAAAGAACGAGAUAAAGGACCUGACGAUGAUUGCUGUUGGAGUUGCAAAUUACCUUCUCUCCGAGCUGCGUUUGAUUGCUACUGACGAGGAGAGCCAUGUUUUCACCGCUGCAAACUUCGACAAACUUCCUGAGCUGGUUUCGUCACUGAGAACAAAGGCUUGUAAUGCACCCAUUUACAUGGGCUUGAACUUCACUGAGUCAGAGGACUCGACACAAGUUGUGGCGUUUGUUUCUCCAAAUAAGGCACGGUUCUUCACUCUGCCAGCGGAGCAUUUUUUUGGAGUCGAGGACAUCAUUAUAGACGUUAUACCGCAAUAUGGCACUGUGGUUGUGUAUGCAUCAAGGAUAACAGAUACUCCGGGACCCGAUAAUCACGCCCUUAAAGUUGGACCUGCAGGAGAAGGACAAGAGAUGCAACUGCAGUUUUCAAACCUUUGCACCGGUUACAAUUCCUCUGAAACUUGUCCUCCAAUCCACAUCGGAAUAUAGGGAGAAUCGUCUUCUCUUUCCUGCUCAGAGCGAGACUGCAAUCUCCCAAAUCAAAUUAAAUUCAAGAUAAGAAGAGGGAUACCUAAAAAUGACGGUGGAAGCAUCAAGACUACAGACCUGUUUCCCCUUCAUUCAGUUGUCCUCACAACUUCGAUCUUGGUUUCGUAUGUUCUGUAACUGAUCGCCCAAUCAUGAUGGCUUGCUGAAGGCUUCUCUCACAAGUGAUAUACUACUGUCAAUGUUUUUAUCUAAUAGUGAUUUCAGGUACAUCUUCGAUAUGUACACAAAUGUACUACAAGGUCAUAAAAUGUGAAAAUAAACUUGAUUUUUGUGUUU